AUGGUAUCGCUCAAGACCCUUCUCAGGGCCGCCGGCCUGGCCGCCACCGUGGCCGUCGCCAGCCCGAUCCACCAGUCCCUCGACCUGGUCGGCGCCUCCUCCUCCUCCCUGGCUACUCGUGCCGACCCGAGUCUGACGGGAUACCUCGGCGCGUUCUUCCUCGGAGCGGACCCGUACGUCUACCUGUACCUCUCCCAAGGCAACAGCGCGACCUCGUUCCGCGCCCUCAACGGCGGCUCGCCCGUGCUCCGCCCGACCAAGGGCACCGGCGGCGUGCGCGACCCGUCCAUCGUCCAGGGCGGCGGCGCCGACAAGGACAAGAAGUGGUUCAUUAUCGGAACCGAUCUGAACAUCGAUAAGACGACCUGGGAUGCCGCUCAAAGGCAGGGAUCUAGGGGCAUCUUUGUCUGGGACAGCACGGAUCUCGUCAACUGGGGCAACGAGAGGUUCGUCGUCGUCGAAGACGCCAGCGCCGGUAUGGUCUGGGCCCCCGAUGCCAUCUGGGACCCGACAAAGGGACAGUACCUGGUCCACUGGGCGUCCAAGUUCUAUGCCGCCUCGGACCCCAACCACACCGGCGCGCCCGGGUCCACCGUGAUCCGCUACGCCUACACCUCCGACUUCCGCACCUUCUCGACCCCCCAGACGUUCAUUGACAAGUCGCCCACCGACGUCAUCGACCUCAACAUCCUGCCCAUCUCCAGCGACGGCCGCUCCUUUGCGCGCUUCCUCAAGGACGAGACCCUCAAGACCGUCUUCGUCGAGGUCACCACCGACGGCCUGUUCGGCACGUGGACGCGCCCCGGCGGGAGCUCCGCCACCAUCGCCAGCGGCGUCGAGGGCCCCGCCGCCUACUGGGACAACCAGGUCGCCGGCAAGGCCCACGUCCUGCUCGACUUUUACGGCGACGACGGGUACCGCCCGUACGAGACGGCCAACGUCGCCAGCAACGCGGGGUGGAGCGCCAGCCCGCGCACCGGGUUCCCCAGCGGCCUGAGACACGGCAGCGUGCUGCCGAUCAACCAGACGGUGUACGAUGCCUUGGAAACGCGCUGGGGCUGA